CCGCAUUGGAGGGGUCCUUGGAGGUCCUUGGAACUUACUUCCUCCUCCACUGUAACGUCUAAAACCCUACGCCAUAUCCCCUCGCCGUCGGUUUCGUCACUCCCGCCUCCGGCAUCCCGACUUUCCCCACAGUGUUACAGGAUUUGAUUGCACCACGAAAUCAAUGCAUCUGUAAUACUUCAAUCCAGUCGGAAUCGGAAGAAAGAAUCACUGAAUCGACCAACUAUCGCUAUUAUGUCGGCGGCUUCGAGAGGUCUCAUUUCUCGUCUCCGGCUUUUCUCGAUCGUUCAAAGGACGGCCGCAGUCACUCCAGCUUCCCCGGCGCAGCAGCCAUGGAGGGCUUUGAGCACCGAUGCUGUCGAGGCCGAGGAGGUAUCCAAUCGGAUAAUUGAGGCGAAGCCCCGAGUCAUGACCAGCCAAUCGAAGCGCACCGGCGCUAUCGCCGUCAAAUGUGGAAUGACCGCCCUAUGGGACAAGUGGGGCGCUCGGGUUCCCAUCACUGUUCUCUGGCUGGAGGAUAACAUUGUUUCCCAGGUUAAAACGCCCGAGAAGGAAGGAUUCUCUGCCCUUCAGAUUGGAUGCAGCCAUAAAAAGGAGAAGCACUUGACCAAGCCUGAAGUAGGUCACUUUAGAGCUCAAGGUGUGCCCAUGAAAAGAAAAUUAAAAGAGUUCCCUGUCUCUGAGGAUGCACUUCUUCCUGUUGGCACUUCCAUUGGAGUUCGCCAUUUUGUUCCCGGUCAGUUUGUUGAUGUCACUGGCAUUACGAGAGGCAAAGGGUUUGCGGGUGGAAUGAAAAGACAUGGUAUGAAGGGUAUGCCUGCAAGUCAUGGUGCAUCAUUAUCGCAUCGGAGUAUUGGGUCUACUGGUCAGAGAGAUGCCCCUGGAAAGGUGUUUAAAGGAAGAAAGAUGCCUGGUCGGAUGGGUGGAGCGCAAAGGACGGUUAAAAAUGUUUGGGUUUACAAAAUUGAUCCUGCAAGAAACUUGAUGUGGGUUAGAGGUCAAGUUCCGGGUGCUGAAGGGAACUUCGUUUUUAUAAAAGAUGCAAAUUUCAAGAAACCUGAUAGAUCCAUCCUCCCCUUUCCUACCUAUUUUGCUCCCGAUGAUGAAAACUCUGAAGAUUUGGAACCUUUGGUUGCUGAACUUGGUGAAACGGACCCAUUCAUGGCUGCUGAUUAGCGAGCUGGAUGCUGCAUUUGCUUAUUGUUUGAUUUUCUCCUUUCUGUUUGGCGGGGUUGAAGUCGACUGCUUGAAAGUAUAGAGAUGGCUCAGUUUAUAAACAGCUCAUAAAAUCCAUGAGAGGUGAGAAGCAAAUCCCUUUUUCUGCUUUUCUUUUUUUUUUUCCACCAUACUAUUAGAACUUAGAAUGGUGUUUUUUUGCUUUUAAAUGUAGCUUUAACUGAUCACUGAGAACUUGGAGUGGUUAAAAUCUCUUUUGUCUGUUUAGGAGAAUUUAUAAUUAUAGGGCUUAAAUGACAUUGAUUUGACACAAGUAAACUCAAUACAAGUAA